AUGGCUACUUCUCAUGAGCCUAAAAAGGCUAACGAUCAUACAUUUUUGACACCUAAAUGGCUAUUGAGAGAAGGCGACAUACAGAACCUACCACCACGAGAUCUGAUCAAAAGAAAUGGUCUGCUAGCCAAACGUCCGACUUCAUCAGCAAAUACCGCGUCGGCCACUGCCAAAAAAGCCAAAUGCGAGUCGACCCCUGACUCGCUGGGUGUAAAAUGGACCACACAGUGGAGAAAAAAGACCAACAAAAAGAAUAAAAACUGGGACGGAGAUGGGUUUGCUACCAUUAGGUCUACGGCGUUUGGUUGUGAAAUCACGGUUAAAAAUUCAGAUGGCAAAGUCAUCAGUAAAAAAUCGUUUAACCUGGGGCCAGACUUGGAUGAUGUGAUACCCAUCGGUAUGUAUGAGAUCAUAUUAGACGAAAAGUUGGGUCAGGAUGAAUCGGAUAAUGUAAAACCCGUUGAGCAAGUCGAGGAGGUUGUAGUGGCUCCAAAAAUUGUCCAGACAAAGUUCAAGAAAGUUGUACAGGAUGAAGUGCAGGAAACCAGGAAACCAUUGUAUGAAGAGAACCAGGACAAGUUCACGCUAACUGCUCCUCCUAAUGUGCAAGCACACGUUCCAGUGAGGAUUGAUCCUAUCCUUGCAUCCAAGUUGAGACCUCAUCAAUUAGAAGGGGUCACUUUUUUGUACGAAUGUUUGAUGGGAUUCCGCAAUUUCAAGGGAAAUGGUUGUUUAUUGGCAGAUGAAAUGGGUUUGGGCAAGACAUUAAUGACAAUAACGACCAUUUGGACAUUGAUGAAACAAAACCCUUUUCCCGACCAAAAGAAGCCGGUUGUCAAUAAGGUUUUGGUGGUUUGUCCAGUUACUUUAAUCAAUAAUUGGAGGGACGAAUUUAAAAAGUGGUUAGGAUUGAACAAGGUGAAUGUAUUGACGUUAAACAAUCCUAUGUCUGACGAUAAACGUGACAUAGUCAACUUUGGAAAGUUGAAUGUCUACCAAGUCCUCGUUAUCAAUUAUGAGAAAUUACUUGCCCAUUAUGAAGAGCUCUCUACAAUCCCGUUUGAUCUAUUGGUUUGCGAUGAAGGGCACAGGCUAAAAAAUAGUGCCAAUAAGGUAAUGAUCAACUUGACAAAGUUAAACAUCCCCAAAAAGAUUGUAUUGACUGGGACUCCCAUACAAAACUACUUGGUAGAGUUUCACACACUCGUGUCGUUUUUGAAUCCACACGUCUUGCCAGAUAUAAAGAUAUUUCAAAAAGAGUUUAUCAACCCUAUUUCAAGGGCCAGAGAUGUCAAUUGCUUCAAUCAGGAGAUAAAAAUGCAAGGUGAAGAAAUGUCCCAAAAAUUGAUUCUGUUGACUCACAAAUUUAUCCUCCGGCGGACACAGGCGAUACUCGAAAAUUACUUGACAGACAAGACUGAUAUAUUACUAUUUGUCCCUCCAACUCAAUUACAGCUAGACUUGUUUGAUCUGAUUAAGAAAUCAGAAAAGUUUCAACAAUUGGACUCGGGGGCAAUUUCAUUGUCGCUCAUAAAUCUAUUCCGCAAGAUUUGCAACUCCCCGUCAUUAUUGGCAUCAGACGAUUUUUACAAAAGUAUAUCCGAUGGAACUUUAAAAUUAUCUUCGAGCUCGGGUAAGCUAAAUGCUCUCAUACCGUUGGUGUUGGAAAUUGCAGCUCAACAGGAGAAAUUGGUUCUAAUUUCAAACUACACCACUACCUUGGACUUGUUAGAGACGGUAAUCAGGAAGCUCAAUUUGCAGUAUUUACGCUUAGAUGGAUCCACCCCAAACAACAUGAGAAGCAAGCUUGUCAACCAGUUCAACAAGAACGAUCUGAUUCUGGUGUUUCUACUUUCCUCUAAAUCAGGUGGGACUGGUAUCAAUUUAGUUGGCGCCUCACGAUUAAUCUUGUACGACAAUGAUUGGAACCCAUCGACAGAUUUGCAAUCCAUGUCACGAAUUCACCGGGAUGGACAGCGGAAGCCGUGUUAUAUUUACAGAAUCUUCACCACAGGUUGUAUCGACGAAAAGAUUUUCCAGCGGCAAUUAAUGAAGAACAAAUUGAGCUCAAAAUUCCUCGAUAACGACUCGUCGUCAAAAUCAGAUGUGUUUGACUACAGUGACUUGAAAAACUUGUUUGAAAUCAACAUGGACACCAAGUCAAACACCCACGAUCUAUUAGGGUGUUCGUGUGCUGGUGAUGGCUUUAUAUUGUCGCAAGAAGUGGAGCCCGAGUCGGAUGAGGAACCACCAGCAACGACUAAAGCGUGGAUGUCAGCUGCAGAAUUCCAACAAAACGUUGACAAGAAUGGAAAUCUGACUACAACCAAAGCAGUUAAAAAGGCGUUGAACGACUAUCAGCAUUAUUCCCCUGAAUUAAACCCAAACUUGGAGUUUGAUUCGGUAUUGAGUAGGAUCCUCAACAACAAGUUGUUCAAAGAUAAAUCGCCAUUUACGUAUAUAAUGCAAAAGGGUAACAGUAAAUAG